AUGCCUGGACGAACCUCAGCUCCUCUUCUGACUGCCUCUCUGUCCUCACACGCCCGUCCUGAUGGCUUCGGUGUAAACUCACGAGAAAACGCCAGUGGCCGAGUGACGUCAUCCGGCGGCCGAGAAGGAGAGCAGAAAUAUGUUUCUUCCUACCAUGUAUCAGUGUCGCCGGACGAUCGGAGAGCGGAAUCAUCCCAGAGACAUCCAGCGUACCACGAAGGAUGGCCGUUCCCUCAGGGAACAUCCAGUUCCUCUCGGGACAUGGGAGGACGACUUCUCGCGUUUCCGCGGGCUGUCUCCGAGCGGCUGAGAGGCAGGAGCACCGACUCGCUGGGGCAAGCAGCUGGUCAGCAGUUUGACGACCUUGAAGAAGAAGAAGAGUGGUGUUGCUGUUUUCCACCUUUGACCCUGACCGAACGUCUACUUGGGUGGCUCACAUGCUUUAUAGGCUGCCUCGUCAUCUCGUCUCUUGCUCUAGGUUCGUUUCAAGAUCUAGUACGAGGCAAGAGCACCAAGUUUGCCAUCGCGUACACAUUGGGGAAUUGUGUUGGCCUCUUGGGUACGGCCUUUCUUGUCGGUUUUAGGCGGCAGCUGGAAGGCAUGACAGAGAAAUCGCGACUUUGGAGUUCCGGCGUCUUCGCUGGCAGUAUUAUGGGGACCCUGCUUUGCGCGAUAUUCAUGCCGGUUGCACCACUCGUGAUUCUCUGUCUAACACUUCAGUGGCUUGCAUAUAUAUGGUACUCUCUUAGCUACAUACCCUAUGGCCGCGAGAGUGUCUUGUGGUGCUUCAGAUGGGUGCGUUCAUGGCUAUAA